AUGCGCUGGCACUUGUACCCCGUGAGGCACCGCUGCCAGACAAAGUGGCCCCAGCCACCAGGCCUUAGGUCAUCCGUGGGCCUCCCACAGGCUGGCUGGGGGCAGGGGCUGGUUUAUCUCACUGGCCCGUCCGCUCCCCCGCCUCCACUCAGGAAGCAGGAGGUGGGGGUCCAGCAGAUAGGAAGCCCAAGGCCAGUUGGCUGAAGCCCAGAGCAGCCGGCGCCCGGCCCCGAUAGCAUGUGGGCGCUCCUGCUGCUAGGGCCCCUGGCCCUGGGAUUCAGCCUGGAGAGUGGAACCCCAACCCCCAGUGUCUAUGAUGAAGGCUGGAGCACAGGGGAAGGAGAUGAUGGCCAGUUGGAACCUUGGACCAAACCCCAGGGGGCAACAAUUUGCAUAACUCGCACCUUCCCGGGCAGGCCCUGUGCCAACCGCAGCUACACUCUGGAGCUUUCGGAAAGUUCACGGGCGCUGCUGCUGGGCUGGGUGCCCACAAGGAUGGUGCCCGCUCUCUAUGGGCUGGUCCUGGUGGUGGGACUGCCUGCCAACGGCCUGGCACUGUGGGUGCUGGCCACGCGAGUGCCUCGGCUGCCAUCCACGGUGCUGCUCAUGAACCUGGCAGCUGCCGACCUGCUGCUGGCCCUGACCUUGCCACCCCGCAUUGUCUACCAUCUUCGGGGCCAGCGCUGGCCCUUUGGUGAGGCUGCCUGCCGCCUGGACAUAGCCGCACUCUAUGGCCAUAUGUACUGUUCUGUGCUACUGCUGGCUGCCAUCAGCCUGGACCGCUACCUGGCCGUGGUACAUCCACUGCGGGCCCGCGCCCUGCGAGGCCAGCGCCUGGCCACUGGGCUUUGCGCCUUGGCCUGGCUAGUGGCGGCUACCUUGGUGCUGCCCCUGGGGCUGCAGCGGCAGACCUACCAGGUGUCACAAUCGGAUCAUGUGCUGUGCCACGAUGCACAUCCCAUAGGUACCCAGGACUCCUACUGGCGACCCACCUUCGUCUGCCUGGCCGUGUUUGGCUGCCUCCUGCCCCUGCUGGCCAUGCUGCUCUGCUACGGGGCUACCCUGUGUGCACUGGCCGCUGGAGGCCAGCGCUACAGCCACGCGCUAAGGCUGAUUGCGCUGGUGCUGGCCUCGGCCCUGGCCUUCUUUGCGCCCAGCAAUGUGCUGCUGCUGCUGCACUACUCGGACCCAGGCUCAGAGACCUGGGGGAACCUGUACGCUGCCUACGUGCCCAGCCUGGCACUCAGCACUCUCAACAGCUGUGUGGACCCCUUCAUCUACUAUUACGUGUCGACCGAAUUCAGGGACAAGGUGCGGGAAGGGUUGCUCCGCUGGUUGCCAAGUUCCACCACGGUCUCCAAGGAGAGGGGCAACCCGGGGACGGGCACCAGGUCCUCAUCGCUCGUCUGACAGCCCCUCAGGAGGCAGAGCAACAAAGAGGGGUUGGACUGGGUUGAAUGGGCCUCCCGCCAAAUUCAUGUCCCUCAGGAACCUCUAAUGAGCUUGUUUGGAAAUAGGGUCUGUGCAGGGGUAAUUAGUUAAGAUGAGGUCACAUUGGUGUAGGAUCAGCCCUAAACCUGUCAUGACUAAUCUAUAUAUAUAAAAGUGUCCGACCAUCCGACGCACACUGACCACCAGGGGGCAGAUGCUCAAUGC